AUGCACAUGACCCAGACUUCGUUCGAGACUACGGCCCCGUUCGAAGAAGAUGCCUUACAAGUCACUCUUAAGAAAGCAUUACAAACUCAAGCCUCUUCCGAGACCCCACAUGAUCGAGGAGUUCAUACCGUGGAUAACGUUGUCUACUACAGAGGAGGAAUUUACGUACCUCCUAACCUCCGUAAAAUUUCCGAUUGCCAUCAACUCCCGCCCUUCUUACAACCAGGAGAUAAGCGCACGAAGUCCACUAUGUUCAACUGGCCGUACCUACACCAAGAUGCCACCAAGUUCGUAACAGACUGCCUCACUUGUCAAAGACUACGAGACUCCCCGAAAAUAGCCUAUUGGAAAGCUCAAAGACCGCGAAUUGUGUGUGGCCGCAUCGUUCUGUCUACUUGGUCCUUGCCAAAUCGAUUUCACGUCAUAAAGUUUAAUUCGGAAUGA